AUAGAAACUUAGCAAAGUGGAGUCUGUUGACGCUUGUGAAAAUCAGCCGUCACCUACAGAACUGCUUAUACCUGGCAUUUAUAAGGCAGUUCUCAUCUAUAGAUAAGCACACUUCACAAGGGAGAGGCUUGCUUACCCUGAAAAACAAAGGACAAGAAAACAAAAUUUUAAAAAAAUGCCCGGAAAGGAGAGAGAGAAAAUGAAAACAAAAGCCAAUUCACUUCUUGACAUUUCCAUACUUCAAAAGUUUCUGAAAACCUAUGAAAGACGUUGUGCCUCUUCCUAAAGCUUUGUCAGUGUUAUGAUCAAACUGAGUAUAAGAAAAUGCAUAGAAAAUGAAGCCAUCCUUACAAAGGCAAUGCUUUUAGAGCAGAAUGGAUGCACCAGCUACCCCUUUUGUACUCUCGAAAUAACUCAUGUGCCAAUAGACUCGUGGUCCAUGAUGCGACUUGGAGCAGCUUUCCCUUUCAGCAACUUGAAUGCUAUUGUUCUGGAUUAUACCAGUUUUGAAGAUAAAGGAAUCAAUGGACUUCUGUGUGGGUUAGAAGGAAACAGAAAACUUCUAACUCUUAGCUUAUGCUACUGCAGUUUGGAACCUGAAAGUGGGUCCAAGUUAGGUUCCAUUGUAGCCCAAACAGCUAUUUGGUUUAACCAAUUUGAGCUGGCUUACACAUUACGUUAAAAAGUCCAGCUUUGAUGACAGACAGUUAAAGAGCCAAAAUUAGUCUGAUUCAACCCAAAGUUCUUCUUGAAGUUCUAUCAGAUGACCUUCUGUUCUCAGCUGCUUAAGACUGUUGACACUCCAGUCUGAAGUCUCUCUGAGGAGUGGUGUUUCAAGUCAUUACCGCUGCCAGUUCAGUGCUGGGGCCUCAGCCCUUCGAAUGUCACCCAUGGAACAGAUACGCUUACUGAGUUGGAGCUAAGCAAAAAGCCAGUCUACAAUUUGAGUGUUCUAAGAUACAUUUGUUGAGAGCAAAAGCAAAGGCCAACUGGGUUCAACUUUGGAACAUGAAGUCGUUGUUUAAGACAGUUAAGGAACCCGGGUGGUCAUCUCAGGCAGCUAGUUUAAAAAAGGCUGCCCUCAGGCAUGAUCUUCACAGCUUCUCGUCAACUUUGCAGUGUUUGCAGGAAAUGGAGAAACCUCUCGUCCAUUAAAGAAUGAAUAACGUCAGCUGGAGUCAGAACA